AUAUUUAUGUACAAUUUUUCAUUAUUAAGAUAUUGUUAUAAUGUUUUCAACACAUUUGUUAAGAAAAUUAAAUAUAUAUUUAUAUUUUAAAUUAAAAGAUAUCAAAUUAUAUUAUGAUUUAAGUAGUUAAAAGAUUAUAUAUUAGCAUUAAGGAAAUACAUUUAAUAAAAAAAUUAAAUGAUGAUCCAAAUAAAAAUAUCACACAUAAAUCAAGGUGAAUUUGUUAACCAAUCCGGGGUUUUAGGAGUCGUUGUUAUAUUAGGAAUGAUAUAUUAUUAAUCCAUAUUAUUAGUAUAAAAUGAAUGAUAACUGAUUUCUAGUGAGGGUCCAUUUAUAAAAAAAAUCACACAUGAAUCAAGGUUGUGACUUCUGUUUUAAUAUAUAAGAUUUUAAGUUCUUGGUCAUUGGGGUGUCUCGCUUGGUAGCACAUAAACCAGUGCUAAUUGGGGGUCGCUUGAUCUUAUGUGGGUAGUGUGCUGAGCUUCUUUUUGUGCAGUACUUUAAAAAAUGAUACAAAUUUCUUUUGUUUAGAAUUGUUUUUAUAGAAAAUGUAUCAAAUAUUCUUUUACAGCUUUUAGGAUUUUAGAAAAGAAAAUUAAUAUUACAUAAUCUCUUACAAUUAUAUUUUGUCUAGAAUUUAGAAAAAUAAAAUUUCUAUCAAAUAAUUAUUUCCAGUUAAUAUUAGCUAUUUUUAAAAGUUUCCAUUUUCAAAAUUCAUUUUUUUCAAUUUCACUAAAUUUUGACAAAUUUUCUUGUUAAUUAAAUAAUUUUUACUAUCAUGUUUAUCACUAAUUUUCUUAAGUACAAAUUACUAUUAAAUAAAAUAUUACAAUUCUCUCUGGUCAAGAUUUUUUUUAAAGGAAAAAAAAUCUUAAUAAUAAGACUAUUAAAUAAUAUUUAUAAUUAAUUUGUAAGAAAAAUCAUUAUCAUUAUUUUAGUAUUUAUAUUUUUUAUUAUGAGAUAGUUUAACACAUAUCACAUUUUAAAUAUAUAAGUGACUUGUGUCACAAUCAUGUUAAUUAGCAAUUUUGAAAAACCAAACCAAAUAUAAUCUUUUAUAAUUAUAUUUUCAUUAAAAUUUUCGAAAAGGAAAAUUGUAUUAAAUAAAUUGUUUUUAAAUCUGUUUUUAUAGGAUUUUUAAAAAGGAAAAUUUCUAAAAAUAUUACUACUAAAUAUUCUCUUAAAAUUGUUUUUACUAUUUAAUAAUUUUAAAAAGUAUUUUUUUUUAAAUUUUUUUUAUUAUCUUAUUAUAUAUAUGUUUAAUCAUUAUAUAUUUAAACACAUGUCACAAUAUUAGAAGAAAAUUUAUUAUCAAAUAAUAUUUUGAAAUUAUCUUUUGAUUAGAAUUUUAAAAAGGAAAAAUUAUUGAUAACUAAUAUUUAUAAUUACUUUUUAAUAAAAUUUGUUUUUGUUAAUAUCUUAUUAUAUAUAUUUUUAAUUAUGAGAUAAAUAACACAUGUCUUAAUCUAAAAAUUUUAGUUGACACAUGUGGCGAUCAUAUUAAUUAAAAAUUUGAAAGAACCAAACUUUAUAUAAUAAGAUAUUUUUUAGCAAAUAAGUUUUUCCUCAUUUAACCUAGUUUUCACCCACACCAGAAAGUUAUGGCCCCUAUGAACCUCCAAAUAGAACCACCGGAAAAGAAGAGGAAGAAUAUGACUUCACCACCACCACCACCACCACCACCGCCUUCAUGUCCAUCAUUUUCUUUAUUUCCAGACGAAAUCUUCGUGAACUGUUUAGCCAGGAUCUCGAGAAUGUACUACCCAACACUUUCGAUCAUUUCAAAAAGCUUCCGGUCACUCCUCUCUUCCACGGAGCUCUAUGCAGCUCGAUCUCACAUCGGAAGCACCGAGCAGUGUCUCUACGUCUGUCUCUCCGAUGAAAGUUACCAAUCUUCCCAAUGGUUUACCCUCUGCAUUAACCCUAAUCGAACCAACCGUCUCCACGAUCAAAAAGAAAAAAAUAAGAAAACCGUCGGAAAAUCGUUGGCUCCAAUUCCUUCGUCGUCUGAUUUUCCUUCAGUAUCAGAAUCCAACUUAGUUGUUGGUUCAGAUAUUUAUGUCAUAGGCGGACCAAUCAAGACAGAACUAUCCAUGCCCAAAUGUACACGUCCGUCAUCAGCCGUAAGAAUCCUUGAUUGUCGUACUCACACAUGGCGUGAUGCCCCUAGCAUGAUCGUACCCAGGAACCAUGCUCUCACAUGUUUCUACGAUGGAAAAAUAUAUGUGAUGGGAGGAUGCGGAGAACUGGAAGAGCCAUGGGCUGAGGUGUUCGAAACAAAUACACAAACUUGGGAACCUCUCUCGGACCCAGGUACUGAGAUACGUAAUAUAGGUAGCUGUACCUUUUACACAAUCAAAGAAAUAAAAGGAAAGAUUUUCUUUUGGAAUCCAAACCGAACAUAUGCUUAUGAUACAAGCCAAGAUAACUGGGAGAGUUAUGCGGGGUCGUGGGAGUCAACAACAUGUUUGAUCGAUGGUGGUGUAGAGUACUACUAUAUUCCCAAGUCAGCAUGUGAGAUUGAUGGUGUAUGGUAUUUUAUAGAUCAUGGUCCCUUCCACUUCUAUUUGUGGGCAAAGGAUGAUGCAGAUUGGGAAAUUAUCAAAGGGUUAUACUCAUUAAGACAGCUGUACAAAAGGAAUGGUGGCUCUAGUAGAAAUACAACUAAGUUAGUUAGCUGUGGUGGGAAGCUCUUACUUUUGUGGGAAGGGUAUAUGAAACAUAACCCCAAUAAUAGAAAGAAGAUUUGGUGCGCGGGAAUCACGUUGAAAACUGAUGAUGAAGGUGAGGUUUGGGGUAAUGUUGAGUGGAUUGAUAUUGUGCACAGCGUUCCGACACAGUGUGAGCUCUUGCAUUGUCUCGUUGUUACCGUUUGAUGGACUUGUAUCAGAGGUAUGAUCUAAUUAAACCAAGUAUAAGUCAGUCCCCCCGAGACCCGAGGUAAGGUUUGACUCAAUGGAAAGAUGAGUACAUUUUGUUUGAAAAAGGGUUUAUGCUUCUUUUAUACCAUUUGCCAAAGUUGAAGAUUAGAAAGUAUAUUGUCCCCUUAUAAAUGCGAAUGUAUUGUUGAUUUCUUCUCUUUUUUUUUUUUUUUUUUGCGAAUUGAAUGUAUUGUUGAUCAGUUGGAGAAAAGAGAAGAAGAAGAAGCAAAUGGAGAGCAACAGGAGUUAAGGAGAAGAAUUAGGGGUUAAAAGUGACGCUUAUGCACAUACCUUUUAUCAUUUUGUCAAACUAGCUCGGCAACUUUGUUUUAUUUUGGAUAUAUUUAUCUAAGCCUUUCAUAAUACAUUAAAAAAAAAAUAAUAAUAAUAAUAUGUAAAAUUAAUUUGUAUACAUAAUGUUCAUACCGCGUCUUUAUCCCCACAAGGCGCAAAUCUUCACCUAGUAAGCAUAUUGUAAGGGGUGAUGAACCUGAGUUCCGAAUGAACCAGAAAUAUAUUUGAUUGGUGAUGUAUAAUAUUUUAAAAUAUAAUCCAUAGAUUUCAAAUAUUUAAGAAAUAUAUGAAAAUAUCAUGUAGGGUAUAAUGAAAUAUAUCCGAAUGCUGAAGUGUUAUUAAUCGAAUUCGAAUAGAUGACCAAAGAAACGAAAAAAUCUGAAAAACCGAUCCCUAUUCGAAUUAAUGUUCAGUAUAUUUAAAACAUAAAUAAAUACUCAAUUUUAUAUUUAUUUUGAUAUAAUAUCUAAAAUAAAUAUUUAAACUUAAAUAAAUAUCUAAAUUUUCUAAUUUAUAUUUAUUUUAAUAUGAUAUUAAAAAAAUUUUGAAGAUGAACUUAAAUAAUCUACAUCUGAAUGAUAUAUGGCUAGAAAAUAUGUUUUAGCAUGUAUUAUAAAUUAGAACCAAAUUCCAAGUGUUAUUAAUCAAUCUCAACAUGUACUAAGUCCUUGACAAAACAUUUGCAGAAACAUUAUGCUUCUUAUUAUUCCAAUCAACAAUUAGAUUUUGAUAUGCUAUAGAAUUAUUGAUAUAUUUAAUAAAGUGAUUGAUAAAGUAGUAAAAGAUUCAUAUAUAAAAACAGCAUUAAAAAUUAGUAUAUAGUAUAAAAACUAUUUGUUACUAAUAUAUAUAUAUAUAUAUAUACAUAUAUAUAUUAUGUUUAUAUUUUUCUUAUUGAAAAUAAUUAAUUAUAUAAAUUAAAGUAUAUUUAACUAUGAAAUAAAAAUUUUAAAGGUUAAAAAUAUUUUAAUUAUAUAUUUUAUUUUUAGAUUAAAUUUUAUAUAUUAUGUUUUUUGGCCUAUGCAUGGCACCAAAAAGCCUAAGCACGGCUCUGAUUGGCUUCCAGAUGUCUCUCAUACUUAAAGACCAAAGGACUUGACGAUGAGCUUCUUGGUUCGUUGAUUCAACCCUUUACAUCUCUGCUUACGCUCAUGUAGAAUCAUACCGUUUCCUGACUGUAUUGACUGAAUUCUUCAUUUGUUUUGAUUUCCAUCAGUCUGUUAAACCCAUUUGGAGAAGAACAAAAGUACCGAUGAGCAUAUGGGAUGUGUUACCCAGGAUGCAGAUUCCGAUGUUCACGGAGCGGAUCCUGACCAUCCCAAUGGUGCUUAAGGAGAUCUCUAUGAGGUUGCUAGCCCAAACUACACCGGGAAGUAAACUGUUCCUGCAAGUCUUUUUGCGUUCUAAAUGUUUGUGUGUUUCGAGUCAAGUCGCAACUAGAUAGUGUGAGUUUUUAAUGAUAUAUUCUAUAGGAUAAGAAGCUUAGGACUGUUAUGAACAACGAGAGCAAAAAAAUAAUCUGGAUGUUCAACACUGAGUGUGUAGUCCUGUUGACCUUUAAGAUCCUUAUAAUGAAACUAACAAAUGGGUUUACAAUGGGAUGAAUAACGGUGUCUAUAGAUGUUGAUCUGCAAAGAAACAAGAAUCUUUCGAGGAGGUAAGUGUGAAAAAAAAUUUGAUCAUAGCAAAGAAACAAGAAUCAUAGCUAUUCUUGAUCCAAUCCAUGUCUGAUGUCAGACUAAAAAAUGUUUGUUCUCUUUGUAGGGAGUUAUUAAGCAAGUGUUUGAAGCAUCAAAUCUUUCGCAAGUUGAGUUCUAUUUGUCUUGAGAAAGGGUUAGAACCUUCUUUACCAAAUAAAGCAUAAGUUGUGUAAAUGGUUGUUGAAAGAUCAAAUCUUCCACACGUUGAGUUCUGUCUUGAGAAUUCUUAUAACCAUCUUUACCAAAUAAAGAAUACGCUGUGUCUUACUUAACAUUGUAAGUGAUACUGAACUCUAUGUUUUGAAAGAAAAAAAAAACACAAAAGUUUUCUGUUCAA